ACCAGCUGCAGUGGUGGGGUGGUGGCACCUGGCCUGAGGUCAGGAGUCAGGAGUCUGGCUUCUCCCGUGGGACUGGGCAUGCGCCCUGAGUGCCAAGCCAGUGAAACCGGCCCUCCAUCAGGGAAGCCCUUCUUCCAGACCCAUGGCCUGAGUCCUACCCGGGCAGCAGUCCCCAGGCUCCUCAGUUCUUGGCUCGGGGGUCGAGGCCUUGAAGGGUGCUGGGCACCUGUCACCAUGGAGACAGGAGAUGGAACCACGUGGCUGUACCCUGCUCUGCUCCUCCUCCUCCUCCUCCUCCUCCCAGGCUGCUGCACUGCAGAAAGGGGUAUCACUGGCCCUAGGACAGUGCGUGGCCCAGAGCAGGGCUCCCUGACCGUGCAGUGUGCAUAUGCUGCGUCGUGGAAGACCUACAACAAGUGGUGGUGUCAAGGCGCACGUUGGAGCAGCUGCGAGAUCCUUGUUGAGACCAGCGCCAAAGAGCAGAAGGUGAGGAGGGGCCGUGUGUCCAUCACGGACGACCAGACAAACUUUACAAUCAUGGUGACCAUGGAGGAUCUCAGGAUGAGUGACGCAGAUGUGUAUUGGUGUGGAAUCGAGAGAACUGGAAUAGAUCUUGGGGUCGAAGUUCAAGUGACAAUUGACCCAGCCUCAGAACACUUGAACACGGUCAUGACAACCACAGUAAUCUAUCUGUCGUCCACGCCUUCAAGCCUUAAGACAACCAACGGUGACCAACCAGUGACUGGCAGCGGCCCCGACGCCCGAUCCCUACUGAGCAGCGUCCACUUCCUGCUGCUGGUCUUCCUGAAGGUGCCCCUGUUUCUGAGCAUGCUCAGUGCUGUCCUCUGGGUGAACAGGCCUCAGAGGAGCUCGAAGUGGAGGGAGAGCCAGCAAGAUAUGAACCAGUGGUCCUGAUGCCCACCUGUGCCCUCCAGCAUGGAGAAGACCCUCCUGUAGAAGACACAACCUCCUCCUCCUCCUCCUCCUGCUC